CAGCGUGAGAGGAGCUUGGAGAGGAGCAAUUGCCGAGCGUUCUCGGGAGCGCGUGGACUUCGGGCAGGACUUCGCCCGCGGGGGAGGGAGAAGCAGCGGUAGCCUCGCCUCCCACAACACAAAGUCAGCUUUUUUUUUCUUUCCUUUUUUUUUAAAAAAAAAAAUUGGCUGAACGCUGCUUUGUUUUAUCUCCUUUGCUCCCUUUUCUCUUUGCAUCCUGCCAAACAAAGGAAAUAGAAGGAAUUCUGAUUUUGCAGGAGACAUGCGUUCCAUCAGGAAGAGGUGGACUAUCUGCACGAUAAGUAUCCUCCUGAUCUUUUACAAGACAAAAGAGAUUGCAAGAACGGAGGGGCACCCGGAGGCGCAACCCAACGGAGAUGGUGAGCAAAGUUUAAGUAGAUCAAUGGUCAAUAGCUCCGAUAAAAUAAGCCGGAAGGGUGGCUCUUCAGUGUUCCAGCAUUCUGUAGAAAGAUGGAAAAUCAAUUCCUCGUUGGUGUUGGAAAUAAGGAAGAAUAUUCUUCGAUUCUUGGAUGCCGAAAGAGACAUCUCAGUCGUCAAAAGCAGUUUCAAGCCUGGAGAUGUAAUCCACUAUGUGUUAGACAGACGCCGUACACUAAAUAUUUCUCAGGAUUUGCAUAGCCUCCUUCCUGAAGUUUCUCCAAUGAAGAAUCGUCGAUUUAAGGCAUGUUCUGUUGUAGGAAAUUCUGGCAUCCUUCUGGAUAGUGGGUGUGGAAAAGAGAUUGACAACCAUGAGUUUGUUAUAAGGUGCAAUCUAGCUCCUGUGGUGGAGUUUGCUGCAGACGUGGGAACUAAAUCAGAUUUUAUUACCAUGAACCCAUCAGUUGUACAAAGAGCAUUUGGAGGCUUUCGGAAUGAGAGUGACAGAGAAAAAUUUGUGCACAGACUAUCUAUGCUGAAUGACAGUGUCCUUUGGAUCCCUGCUUUCAUGGUCAAAGGCGGAGAGAAGCAUGUGGAGUGGGUUAAUGCAUUAAUCCUUAAGAAUAAAUUGAAAGUGCGAACUGCCUAUCCAUCAUUGAGACUUAUUCAUGCUGUCAGAGGUUACUGGCUAACCAACAAAGUUUACAUCAAGCGACCCAGUACAGGACUCCUUAUGUAUACCCUCGCAACGAGGUUCUGUGAUGAAAUUCACCUUUACGGAUUCUGGCCCUUCCCAAAGGAUAUAAACGGAAAACCAGUCAAAUAUCAUUAUUAUGAUGACUUAAAGUACAGAUACUUUUCAAACGCCAGUCCCCAUAGGAUGCCAUUAGAGUUUAAAACACUGAACAUGUUACAUAAUAGAGGAGCACUUAAAUUGACCACAGGGAAAUGUAUACAGCAAUAAUGCACGAGUCAAGUAUCAAGAGAAAUACAGGAAAUUCAGAUUUUAUAGAACAGCAGUGGGAUCCAAGCAGUGGAUAUAGCCCAGUGCACUGUACCAAGCCAUCCGAACAUAAGGAAGUACAUCAAGUCUCUAUUACCAGCUGAUGUUUUACCUGUUGAAGUGCUAAAUAAAUAUUGAGUGGAUUGGUUCAAGUAAGUGCCACUUUUGCUAAAAAGAAAUCUUGAAUGUAUACAAUCAGUAGUGUUUACAAGAUCCAACAAUGCAUUCAUCACUUGUUAAAGAAGCAAAUUAUUUGAUCGCUGCUCAUUUGCCUCCGCACAAAGUCAGGCAAUGUCCAAAGGAAUAACCUGGCAUUGAAAUGAAGUGACAGGAAUCAGAAGUCAAGGUGGAAUUUGGAGACCAGUGGAUCAUAUCUGAAAGAUCAAACAAGACACCUUGGUCGGAGGAAUGCCUAACUUUGUAUUAUAACCUCUUUCUCUUUUUCUUUCCUGUUUUUCAGAUUGUCAUGCAUUUAUCAUAGUGUUUGGGUAUUGGAACUCUGUAAGGGAUUUUAAAAAGAUAAUAAUAUGGACUUUCUAACCGAACUUCAAGUAGUGUUCUUAGAAGAAUGUCUUAAUUCUUUAAAAAUCCCUGAAAGUUAAAAUGAAUAUUAUAUCAUCUUGUUCAGUUUAACCUUGCUUAAAGUCAAAACUGGUUCCAUGAACGCUUGUUGAUGCUGUAGUAUGCAGAGCCAUUCUCCUGGUUUUUCAGGCCACAGAAUAUGCUAGCCUUAACCACCUGAAGGAAGAUGUAGUGCUGACAAGAAUGGUACUUGACUAUAAAUCCCUCUUAUACAAAUUGAACAAUGGAAAAGUCAUCUCAGAGAGACUGUUUUGGGCAGUAUUUAAAAAACAGUAUAAUUUGAGUACUAGGGCUUAUAAUCUCCCAGUUGCUUUAUGUGCCUCCCCGGGUCACUGUAUCAGUGAGAUGGGCAGCAUAGAAAUUUGAUAAUAAUAAAAAAAUGUUCUUCUGUUGGAGGGAAUGAUAAAUACACGUUCAAAUGAAAAACAUUCUUCCCGGUCUGUUGUGUUUUAAAGAAAAGGCAGUUGUGAGAUCCUGAUCCAGAUGGCGGGUUUCAUAUUGGGGCUCAUGCAUCUAUUCUCAAUUAUUAUUUGCCUCAGACAGCAGCAACAGAAGGAUAGAUUUUCAAACCAGAGGCUGGCUUAUACCCUGAAAUCAGAUGGGGAACAUGUUCUGGCUCAGGGCUUCAUAUGGCUUUGUCUUCAAGCUGUCAUUUUAAAAACAACUAUCUUAAGCAUGUUUUAAAGCACAUUCAUGAUAACAAAUCAUAUGAUUAAGGUUAGGAGCAUUCACGGGAUGUGUGUGACAAAGGGUAAGAUUUUGAUUAUGUGGUUUCAGCCACCAUAUUGACACUUUUUGGACUCUCACCACCUCCUGCCAAGGUCUCUAACAGAGGAGAGCUAAAUGGAGAAGAAAUCCAUAUAAUUUGGCACUAUGUCCUAAGUUACUCAUCCUGAAAGCAUUCCAUAUUUUGAGCAGUUAUUAAAGCAAGAUUGUUUCGUUGUAUGGCAUAUGAAAAGAAUACUAUUAACAAGCAGGUGCCCUUACAUUUGGUACCAAAGAUUAUGCUGAUUUUUGUAAUUGAUAAUGUAUUUAUUUACCUUGUAUUGACAAAAACAUGUACAUUUAGUGUUAUCACUGUGUUGCUGUACUGCUGAGGAAACAUCUCUGUUUCCUGUUAACUUAGUAGGUAGAUUCUGUUUGAAUGACAAAUUCCUUAACUUGUCUUGGUUUUUAAAUAUUUUAUUGAAUAUUGAAUAUUUUAUAAACAGAGCAAAAAGGAUUCUUCUCCCUUCUUAAUUAGAAUGUGCCCAUGACUUUCAUUAAUCAAAAUAGGAUAAUAGAAGUAAUGAAAAAAACAUUAAUACUUAUUUUCAGAUUCUGUAUUGGCAGUUUUCCCCACUAUUUUUAGUUUGUUUACAAUAUAUUCAUUAUAGUGCUGGACAAUAUUCCUGUUUUUCUUGACGUAUAGUAUCUUGAUAAAUAGUAAAUGAAAAACCUCACUGCUAAGAUAUUUUGCCUUUCUGCUUUUUAGAAGCUUCUUUUUCUUGUACUAUUUUGAAGAAUUCUAUUGUUGCACUUUGUCCGAAAGGUUUUCUAAAGAGGAAGAUUAACAAAAGCGCUACCAUCGUGGAGCAUGGUUGUACACAGAAUAGCUGCAAACCUUAGUAUUUGAAGCACAUUUAAUGACGUGUCAAAUUGCUACAGGGUGAAGAGAGUACUUACUUCUUAGUAUCCUUAUUUAUCUCCGCUUUCAAAAUAAGAGCAAAAGGAGAAAACUUCUAAAAAGCAAACACAGAAUACACUUUAAUUGGAUCUUAUGAAAUAAAACAUAUAAGGAAGAAUAGACUGCGGAUGUCAUUUUCUCACCAAAGGAAAAAUCUUGAGCUUCCUUCCAGGUCUUAAGUUCUAUUCUCACACUUUUCCUUUCUGCUUACAUACUUGUAUAUUAAUUAAUUAAUUAAUUCUGGCUUAAAACCUACUUUAUUAAGAUCAGCUAUUCAUCUCUUCCACUUACUAAUGAAUUGACAAUGCAUCACUGUCACUUCAGAAGACUCCAAGAAAAACUUUGGUAGAUCAUACUAAUAUUCUGUCUAACCCAGCAUCCUGUUUUCCAUAAUAAUGUCUUUGGGAAACUCACAGACAUUUGUUCUCACCUAUAAUUCUUCUUUUUGAUUAAGACAAGGAUGAAGUUAUUUGAGCUUGGUAAAAGUGGAUGGGAAAUGGUAAACAAUUCACAAUAACAUGUUAUGCAGUUGUUAGUAUUACUGAGCUUGAUUCGCAAGCUUGUGAGAAAUGUAUGCAUGCCAAUGCUAAGAAUUUAGCUGCUGCUGUUUUUUUCACUAGAAAAAGUAUUUGAUUCCUGCAGUAUUUUUUAAACUGGUAGCUAUUUUCUUUUUCUUGUUCUAAAAAAAAAAAAAGAACAAAAUAAAUUUGUUGUAGUCUACUCAACCAGCACAAACUUUUGUUUCGAUGAGGCAUUGAAGCUAGCAAAUUAUACUCUUUCUUGUUCACUCAGUAAAUAAGAUUGAUCUUAACAAAAGAAGUUUAAUUUGUAUUUAUAGUUAUUUACAAGCUCACUUGUUUGCAAUACAGUAAGAAAAUAAAUACAUUAAAAUACAUUCAACAACAAGAAUUCAUUGUUGUAGGAUUUUUCUUUUUAGUUCAUACAAAUGCAAAAGGGUAUACUGUAUCUGCAGGCUGCAGUACUCACUUUAUUAAGAAUGAUGCCUGCAUUUUUUAAAACGCAAUUUUUGGACAGAAUAGACUAUACACUUUAAAACCUACAGGCAAGAUGUUAAGUGGUGCCUUUAUAAUCAACUUACUUUAUCUUGAAUCUUAAUAUUCACUUAUCACUGGUUUAUAUUAUUCUUUCCUUGUAUAGACUAUUUCAAUAUGUCCAUUAUAAAGAAAGGGCUAAAAUACAGAUUAAAACCCCUUUUAUGUUUUUCAUCUCUCAGGAAAAUUUAAAUUUUCCAAAUCAAAAAAGAAGAAAGUUAAAAUUCCAAAAAAAAGAUUAAUAUAUAUAUUGGUAUAUUACAUGUUUAAAAAAUCAACUUUUUCAUUAUAAGACAUUAAAAUCCUUAUUGAAGACAGUAAACAUGGAUAGAUUUGGACUAUUAAAGAACAAAACCGAAUAAAAACUUCUAAAUAAAAAAAUAAUUAAAUUGAUUGAAAGCAUCAGAAGGUUUUUCAAGAAUACAAUACCUUCAGAGCCUAUAUUUAUUUCAUCUAAUAUGUUUGAAAUUAUUUAAAAAUAAGUUAUCUCUUCUUUAUGUCAGCUUGCUUAUCUUCCUCUUAUUUUAUGUACAAUAAAUUCAGCUCAUAGAAGAGUCUUGCCUUGAUUGUCAAAUUCUACUACUCUUCAGCAAAGCCUGCCUGAUGUCUUUGUCCUGGAUUUUCUUUUUUAUAUGAAUUGAAAUAAAACUUGCCUUGAAAUUUCUAUUCUUUCUUUAAAUGCAACUCCUACUGCAAGUUUUUCCUUUACGCAGACCUACAUUGUAAAUACAUAGCUUUUGAGAAGAACCACCACUUAAAAUCUAGGGUUGGAGAUGCAAUGCCUGCAGGCACCAUAAAAUAUAGUCCUUUGCAAGUCAUCGAAUUUUAGGACUCUAAAAUUAAAGACUUCUAUUGUAAUAAAACAAUAAAAAAGACUGUCAAGUUCAUGGGGUAUUGAUUUUGCUAAAUGGGACAAUCUCCUGCGAUUUUAGUAAUUUUUAAUUGAGAAAAUGUGGCUAGAGCACUGGGAGAAGAAAACGUAAUCAGAAAUAGGGUUUACUGCCUAAGCAGGGGGUUGGACUAGAACAGAGGUGUCAAACUGCCGGCCUACGGACUGGAUGCGUCAUGCCAAAACCGCACCCACCCCAUUGCCGGCAAUGGGGAAGAAGUCACGAUACGUUGCGACACGUCACGUGACGUCGCAAGUUUGACACCCGUGGACUAGAAGACCUCCAAGGUCCCUUCCAACUCUGUUAUUCUAUUCCAUUUUAUUCUAAAUAUACAGAAAGAUUUUGGCCAUGCAUUGAAAUAAUAGAUGAUACCUUUUCAGAUUCUUGUAAAGAAUAAAUUGAAGUUUCUCUUCAUUUUUGCUCUUUUCCUUACCAUGUUUUACUGCCAGGAUUCUGAAUGAAUAGACCGAUAUUUUCCCCAUUAAUUAUUGCCCAGCACUAUCUCCAACAAAUAUUCAGUGCCAAAAUUAGAUCACUUGAUAAAAAAAUCUAUGAAGAAAUCUUAAACUAUGAAAUUAGAAAGGGAAUUUGUGUUCAUUCAAGAAUGUUUUUCCUAUGAAUGUAAAUCAUAAAUCAAUCUUUACAUUGUGGGUUAUGUUAGGAACUCUAUAGUUUCUGAGAUUAGUGAUGAUAAAUGUACAGUGAAAUCUCAUUUAAGUGGACUAACAGGAGUUGGGAGUUAUUAAGAAAUAUCCAGUAGGUUAGAGAUUUCUCAUAGACCAUUAUGUAAAUGAUGAAAAGUAUAUUAUUUGUGUCAAUUUGUAUUAUUUGCAUAAUGAUUACCAUUAUGCAAAUGAAGUUACUGUGAAAAGUUGCUCCAUUCCAUGUAAAAUCUAUUUCAUCAAGAUCCAGUUAAUUAAGGCUUUUCUAUUCUAUUCCCCACCCCAGAAUAUUCUCCUUCUUUUAUUCUGUUAACUAAAAGAUAAAAUCUUCUCAACAUUUCCUUUAGUUUGUUGUCUAUCUGAUAUAUCUCUAUUUUAUAUCAUUCAGAAAAUAGAUUCACAAAAUUAAAGACAAUUAAUUGAAUCUAUAUUACUUACUUAAAAUUGAUGCAUUAAAAGCAAUAGAAAGCAGGAUAAGUUUGAUUCGCAAUUUACUUCAAAUUUGGUCAACUUACAUUUUCCAAACUUAUAGGGGUGUUAAAAUUCAUGUGUAAUACACUUUCCGUAUGUUUUUAUGAUGCAGCUUAGAAAAAAGUGUUAAAAUAUAUGCUAGGGAUAUAAAGCACUAUAAAAUGCCUAUAUUGGAAAAGUUCACUAUAUUGGUACAGUUGAGAUGAAAACAUUAAUUAUUCGCAAAAAUGCAUAUAUUACAAAAAGUGGCUAAAUAUAGUAGAAAAUUUUGCAAGGGAAUGUAUAGGAAUUUUUAUACUUUAGAAAUUUCACAAACUGGUGCAAGAAAUAAAACAAGGUGAUAAAAGUGAGUAAUUAUUAAAAAUUGAUAUUUAUUAAUUUAAAAUAGCCAUAUAUAUAGAAAUUGGAAAAUAUUUCAAUGUUGGUUAAUUUCUAAACAUGUUUGCAUCAGUUUUUGAAUUUUUUAUGAAUUAAACAUUGUCCAAAAUUCAUGCAUUUCCAUAUCACAUAUUUCUUGUAUAUUAAAUGCUAAUUUUUGCAAAUAAUUUCUCCAUGUGGUACUAUAUGGGUUUCUGAAUAAUUUUUUUUGUGGUGUUCAGUUGCAUUAUUACCCUGCAAAAUUCUAAAAGCACCAGGUACAACACAGAUAUUUAUUCUAUUUUAUGUUUUAACUUUAAAGAAUAUUCACUGGGAAGCUUAUAUAAUACUGGUCAAAUCCAUUUCUCCUUCAUUCCUAGCUAUAACUAAUGAAUACAUACAUUGUUUGUUUACUUGUUUUUUUCUCUCCCCCCCCCCCACAUACAUUGUUUUCUAAGUAUGUCUUAAUCAGUAACCUAGCCAAAGCUAUUUGUGAAGUGUGCAGUUUAAACUGAAAUGAUGGUAUUUUAACAAUAGUUUUCAAUUUGCAGAUAAAAUACAGACACUCAAAAUCUUGUCAACAACUCCUAAACUCAGCUCUGUGACUUUGUUCCCAGUUAAAAUUACCAUUGAAUUCACUAAAUGUAAAAGUUGUGUAAUUAUGCUGGGAACCAAGGAUUAGGUUGUAGUCCAGUGAAUGGUUAUCUAUUAAAACAAGUGAAAACCUAGUAGGGUUUUUCGCAUUCAUACAUCAGGUUUUUUGUCCUCCCUGAGGCAUAUCACUCUACCUUGAUGUAAAGUGCCUCAGGGAGUGAGUCUAUCUAUCCCCAUAAAACAUUGCAGUAAGAUUGCUCUAAAUGGAUUUGAUCAGCCCCUUUGCUUUAAUGGAAGAACUGCCAUUUUUUCCAAAUGAACUACUGUAGCACUUUGAAGGAAAGGUUUACUGGAACACUAUAACCUUUUGAAAGAUUUACAAAGCAUUCAGUAUACCUUUAAACCUCUCACAGGAACAAUUCCAUCUACUUCCUCUUUGGUUUUCUGCAAAGGAAGUCAGCCUAUGGGAUAGGAGUCUAAAAUACAAAGUGCCCAAAAAGUUUGAUUAUAACUGUAGGUAUGUCUCAAGGCUGCAAAUGCCAUCCAUAAAGUUACAGGAAACGAGCACCUCUGUUUCUCCAAUGGGAACGAUAUGGUCCAUGCCACUGGAGCUGUGCAAUUUUUACAUCCUUUUUUCCUCCCUGUCCUUAUUAUUUCAUCCUUUAAAAAAGAGCACUGUUGUCCUAAAUCGGCAAAAGCACAAUUGUUUUAACUGUAUAUAUUAGUGGAAAAUGCCUUCCUAAACAGUACUACUGCUAGUAAACUUAAACAGGUCUCAUUUGUGUGCACUGUUGAGAUGUAUUCUGUCAGGAUCAUCUUGUUUAAUGCAGUUUAAUAUUAUUUUGUGUAUAGGAGUUGCUGUUUAAUUCUUUGUUACUUGUACUUGUAAAAUAAAGUCAAUUUCUUUCCUUUUCCAGUC